GCCCCGGCCCCGUGCGGCCCCGGGAUGCUGCGGGGGAGCGCGGCGAGGUGCCGGGGGGCCGGGCGGAGCAGCUCCGGUCUUGCUUUCUGGACUUGUCAGCCUUGUGGACCUCUGCGCACACCUCUGUUCAGCAAUGAGUAGAUCAAUAGGAUUUAACAUCUGUGUGGUCACCUGCUGCAUCUUGCUCCUGUCCUCCAGGCCACCAUGCCUUGCCUCUCCGCUCCCGGAGGAGAGCGACAUGACAAAGGUCCAGCAAGACCUGUGGGCAGGGAAUGGGGUAGAAGAUGAAUGGACAAGCAUGCCAGACUUAAAUAACCUGGGUCCUGAGCAAACUGUCUCUGAAGAGCCAGCUGGAGUGUCAGCAAAGCCAUCUGGGAUGCCCUUAGAUGAAGCCUUCACUGCAGGAGGAGAAACACGGCCCGUAAGCCCAAGCCAUGUCUUCCUCAGCAGCCAGAGCCUGGGUGUUAGCACCCCUGCUGGGAAAGUGGCUGCUGAGGAAGAGAAGGAGCUCAGUCCCACAAAGUCAGAGCUGGAUGAAAAUGGAGAGUUCAAGGCCAUGCUGACCACAGCUGUGACCACGCUGAACCCCUCUGUCCAGGAAGAAUCUGUCAGCGGCCUCGUCAGCAAGGCCACCACGGAGGACUGUGAGGUGGGGCAGGGCUCUGCCAGCCUCUUGGCGAGCCCCCUUUCUGUGACAGCUGCAGCAGAGGAGGGGACAGCAGAGAGCAGCCUGCACCCCUCCGCGGCACCCCAACCCCACAGCGAGCGGGUGCCCACGCUGCACCCUGGCACUCCCAGCCUGGAGACAGUUGGUGACCACUUCAUCCCAACUCCACAGGCCUCAAGUGCAAGCUCUGAGGUGGGAGCACUAAAAACAAGCACAGGGAGCACUCUGAGGCUACUGUCUGCUCGAGGAACCAUUGCUGCAAGCCACCCCCUUGUGACCACUGAGGCCUCCGUCCAUCUGGAAGCAGAUGUGGGUGCUGGGCAAGGAGAGCUGCCCACCACAGCUAGCACCAUCACCGGCCACCCUACUGGCUCCAUGCUGCCUGACUGGGAUGACACAAAACCGGGGAAUAUAAGUCAAGGGGGAAGCAUGCUGUAUGAGGAGGUGGAAGAGGACCGAGUGGCAAUGGAAGCAUCCCAAACCCCACUGGGAAGUGAGGAGGAGGAUGUGAUGAGAGUGGUGCCAUCCCCAGCAUCUGCUCCACCAACUCCAGGGCUUGCCAAGGAGAGCAAUUGCACAGCUCCAGCGGUGCGUGGGGAUGGUGUGCUGCUCACUUCCACAGCCAGCAGCGAUGUUCCCCUCACAGUGGACUUGCCAGGUGUAGACACUGCUGGUCUGAACUCUCUGGAAAACAUUAAUGUGGUCACAGCAGAAGAGAAGAGCAUCCCUCCAUCACAGCCAGAGGCUGUUGUGAUGACAGAUGCAUCUGAUCUCUCUUCUACUCUGGAAAGCUCACUGAAAGGUGCUACUCAGGAGGUGACAACUGCUGCCCAGGAGGCUGAUGCUGCUCUGUCGGUUGUGACGCUGGCACCCACUGCUCCCCAGGGAACAGGAGCCUCAAGCCUGCCCCAGGAAACUAGCGGGGAGGACACCCAAAUGUCAGCUGCUCCUGGUGCCACCCAGAUGCUGACAGCAGCUGGCAGCUCCACAGCAAAACCUCCUGAUGUGGAAGACUUUGCGGAUGUGAUCCUGGUCACCAGCGAGAAGGCUGCUUCAGCUCCUGGUGGGCUGUCUGCUACGCAGCCUGGACAGACAGAAGAGCCAUCCAGCCGAACGGUGGUCCUGGUAACUCCAGCGUCAGUGGCAUCUUCUGUCAGGAGGACAGCUCUUCCAGCUGUGAGGAAGAUCAGUACUGCUGUAACCUAUGGGCUGGACCGGCUGGAGUCAGAAGAGGGUGAGGAAGAGGAAGAGGAUGAAGAGGAGGAGGAAGAAGAAGAGGAAGAGGAAGAUGAAGAGGACAAAGACAUAGAUUCAAUGGAUGAAAGCUUGGAAGGUGACACGGAGCUGCCAGGUUUCACGCUUCCAGGCGAGACCUCCCAGGAGCCCAUAGCUGGCCUGGAAAACCCUGCGGCCCAGCUGGCUGGGGUGUCCUACCAGGUUCCCGACACCAUUGAGUGGGAGCAGCAGAACCAGGGUCUGGUGAGAAGCUGGAUGGAGAAGCUGAAAGAUAAGGCAGGAUACAUGUCGGGGAUGCUGGUUCCUGUAGGAGUUGGGAUAGCUGGAGCCCUCUUCAUCCUUGGAGCGCUCUACAGCAUUAAGAUUAUGAAUCGCCGGAGGAGAAACGGCUCGAAGAGGCAUAAAAGAAAGAGGGAAUUUAACAGCAUGCAAGACCGAGUAAUGCUCUUAGCCGACAGCUCCGAAGAUGAAUUUUGAAUCGAACUGCAGUGCCCUUGUGAUAUCCAGUGACUUUUAAAAGGAGGGAGGGGGAGGAAAAGAAGGAAGGACUUUCUGCUGCAUCGCUGCUGUCAGCCAUCCCGAACACCAAGCAGUGGUUGGUACCACCCCAGCGAACCAGGCAUGCUAUGCUCUACGUGCACCGUGCAGUGAUAUUUGUUUUGGUACCAUAGUGAGAUUUCACAUUUGCACCCGGCGCCUCAUUCAGAUCCGCAGCGCGUCUUGUUACAGCGGGAGCUGAUCCGUACGGAUAAUUAUUUUCCUAUUACCCCGGUGUACUGUUUCGGUCCUUGGCUGGCAGUAAUCUAAUCAUAACAAUAGCUCUCACCUAACAUGGGAAUGGAAAUCUUUGCUGUGAAUGACUUCUGUCCAAUUUGUUAAUUUUAAAUGUUACAUUACCUGAGCUAGAGUUCAUUAGUGCUGAGAUUAGCUGCUCUGCUUAAUUAAUGAGUUAUCCACUGGAACUGUAUCCCUUGUCACCUGAGAAGUGCCCAAGUACCGUGUUGUCGAUACAGUUUGAAGCACAUUUCUACGCUCUGUUCCCUGAUUCCUGCCCCUUCUUUUACAAGCCCUCCCUUCAGCUCUGCUCCACACUUCUUGGAAACACACGGGAAUGGCCUCAACACUUGGUUCACGACAAAAAUCUUAGUCCAUUUUCAACCAGCACUGUCUGUUACAGCACAAUAAAUACCAGCGCUCACGUA